AUGUCUACAUACGAGGAUGAUAUUAAGAAUGAUUCUGAUAAUGAUUUGGGUGAUGAUUUCGAUUAUGAACCGAAUGCACACUAUGAUGUUGAAGAUGACGAUGUUGAUUCGUUGGAUUUUACUAGCAAGAGUGAACACGAUUGUGAUGUAAAACGAAUAGCAAAUUUAAUGGUGGAGGAUAUUUGGAACCUACAGUUUAGGACAGAGGAUGAGGCUUGCCAAUUUUAUAACGCUUAUGCUUGUUGGCAUGACUUUGUAAUGAGGAAGGAUGAUGUGGUAAGGGAUAAGGAAGGUAAAAUUAUUUGCAGGCAACUUAUUUGCAAUAAAGAGGGCUGCAGGAAUAUGAGGUAUCUUGAUCUGGAUAAUAGAUCAAGGGAGGCAAGGUCACUAACGCGAAUCAAGUGUCCAGCUCGGCUUUAG